AUGGACUCGGGAAUGUCUGCACAGUGGAAGGCCUCACCUCUGCCGACUGAACCUGUCGAGCUGUUCAUUGGCAUCCUUUCUGCAGCCAACAAUUUCGCCGAGUGGAUGGCCGGCCGCAAGUCAUGGAUGAUUGCUACAAGGAAAUCAUCUAACAGUGUUGGCCGGUUCUUCGUCACUCUGGUCAGCGAGGAGCUGAAGAAGGAGGCAGAGUUCUUUGGUGACAUUGUUCUCGUCCCUUUCAUGGAUAGCUAUGACCUCAUUGUUUUAAAGACUAUUGCCAUUGCUGAGUAUGGGGAAUGGGAAGAAGAAGUAUACCCACCUUACGCAAACGGACCGGGCUAUGUGAUUUCAUCAGACAUCGCUGAGUACAUCGUAUAUGAGUUUGACAACUAG